AGACAGAGGCUGCCGAGCAGCCUCGCUCGCCUCGUUGCCCGCACCCCACUUCUCGAAUAACAAAUUUUGAAAACUGCAUUUGUAGCAUGAGCAGGAACGGCAGGAAGACAAUGGAUUUAGGAGAAGGCGGGGCGGCACCGGUCGUCUUAGCAGACUGGCUAGACAGAUUGCUGACCUCGUGGCACAACCAUAGGGUUGUGAUCUGGACGGCUUUUGGGCUGGCUUUCGUGUUCGUCUGGUUGCAGCGCAGGCGCAUCCGCACACUGCAAACACGCGGCUCCUCGCCUGGCCUGGAGAAAGCGAACUGGCUCGAGGGGAAAGACAAGGAGCAGUUGGCGACAACGAACAAGAAGUCUCCUUCAAGCACCGAGCGUCAACCUACAGCCGUUGCAAGUCGAAAACCUCGAUCUUCUACACCUCGGGUGGUGGCUGGCCGCAAACCGAAUCCAAGAGGAGGAUUGGGAGUUCCAAGACAACCAGAACCUGCUUGCAUACAACCUUUGGUCUUCUUCACAUCGCUGACAGGAACCACCGAACGUCUGUCGAAGACUGUGCUCACCAGACUUGAGAGUCUCUCGGCAUUGCAGCCCGCUGUUCUCAAGCCUCAAGUACAUGACCUUUCGUACAUUGACCUCGACGACUUCUUCAUUUCCGGUCCCAAGACCUCCGAUUCUCGUCCAGACGUCCGAUAUGUCUACGUCCUCCUCAUACCGUCCUACGACAUCGAUACGAUCUUGAAUACCUUCCUUGCCCACCUUGACGAAACUCACAAUGAUUUCCGCAUUGACACGGCUUCUCUUUCGGCCUUGGCUGGAUACGCCGUGUUUGGAGUUGGUGACAAGCAAGGCUGGCCUACUGAAGAGAUGGGCUUUUGCUCACAGGCGGUUGAAGUGGAUAAAUGGAUGGCCAAGCUGACUGGGAGGAAGCGAGCAUACCCACUAGGCCUUGGUGACGUGAAGAACAAUGUGGCCCAGGCACUACAAGACUGGGUCUCCGGAGUAUGUGCCAUGCUCGAAGAGCUCAGCCUCAAUGGUGGACUGGGUGAAGGGGUUUCCGGAAGUGGCGAUGCCGUAGAGAGUGCCGAUGAGGAGGAACUGGAAGAUGACGAGAUUGACUUCCCCGACUCUGGUCGGAACAAGAGAAGGAAACUUGCAAGCGCAGCAGAUGUCGAGGAUGUCGGCGGAAAAGGUGCUCCAAUGGCGGUUGACUUCACCACAUACUCUGCUCCCUCCACAGCGCCGGUGCUGCUGAAAGCCAUGGUGCCCCAAGAAUCACCCACACACGCAGCCUUGACAAAGCAAGGCUACACAAUCGUUGGCAGUCAUUCGGGAGUCAAGAUUUGUCGAUGGACCAAAUCUGCUCUCCGUGGCCGUGGUUCGUGCUACAAGAACUCAUUCUACGGAAUUGCUUCCCAUCUGUGCAUGGAAACCACUCCAUCCUUGUCAUGCAGCAACAAAUGCGUUUUUUGCUGGCGCCACGGCACAAACCCGGUCUCCACGACCUGGAGGUGGCAAGUGGACGACCCGCAGAUGAUUUUCGACGGUGCCAAAGCAGGCCAUUACAAGAAGAUCAAGAUGAUGCGUGGUGUUCCUGGCGUGCGCAGCGAACGAUUCGAAGAAGCAAUGCGCAUCCGGCAUUGCGCGUUGAGCCUGGUUGGCGAACCUAUCUUCUAUCCUCGAAUCAACGAGUUUGUCGGCCUGCUACACAAUGAGCACAUCUCGAGUUUUCUUGUCUGCAACGCACAGCAUCCACAGCAGCUCCGCGACCUUAGGAGGGUCACUCAGCUUUAUGUGAGUAUCGAUGCGAGCAAUAGAGACAGUCUACGCAGGAUCGACCGACCUUUGCAUCGAGACUUCUGGGAACGAUUCCAGUCUUGUCUCGACAUCCUUCGCGAGAAACGGUUCGUCCAAAGAACAGUCUACCGUCUCACCUUGGUCAAGGGAUUCAACAUCGAGGACGAAGUUGAAGGAUAUGCCGGUCUUGUUGAGAAGGGCUUGCCAUGCUUUAUCGAGAUCAAAGCUGCCACGUAUUGUGGGACUUCUACAUCCACAAAUGUAGGCUUGACGAUGCAGAAUGUCCCUUUCUAUGCGGAAGUGGUUACGUUUGUGGAGGCGUUGAACAAGGCUCUUGCGAAACGAGGGCUGGACUACGGCAUUGCAGCCGAACAUGCGCACAGUUGCUGCGUUUUGCUUGCAAGCAAGCGCUUCUUCAUCAACGGAAAGUGGCAUACGAUCAUCGAUUAUGACAAGUUUUUCAAGCUUCUGGAUGAAGGCGUGGAUUUUGCACCGGAGGAUUAUUGCAUGGAGACACCGGAGUGGGCGCUCUGGGGGAAUGGCGGGUUCGAUCCGAGAGAUGAACGAGUUGAUAGGAAGGGACGGCCGAAGGCGACGAAAGAGAAAGAGGUUGCUGUGAAGAUGGCAGAUGAGAGUGGCAAGUUGGAAUUUUGAUCGAUUGCGUGCAACGAUAGUGUGAGAGUAGUCGUAUGAAGAUUUUUACAGCUACAGGCUGCAUUAUUAUUUUC